CCAUCAGCUUCAUAAUUAUACCCCGGCUCUUGCUCCUACCGCCCUGCAUUAGCUUCCUCAUAAACAUUGGAGCUGGUACCUGUCAUCCAAUAUGACUGUCAUCUGAACUCCUUCAUCGUCGCCAGCACAGCCGCUAGCUCGUGCACCGUUAGCCGCUUCUAGACAUCUUCAGCACCCCGACCACUACACUGUGUCUCAUAUCAGCGCUUUCCAUACCUCGCUCAUCGGACUUCGCACAUUGAACAGCUAUAGCGAAUCACUCGCGCGCUGCGCCCAUCGCUGAGGCUCUCGCCAACAUGCCAGCACGCAAGUCAGGCGCCUCUCGGACGCUGGCACAAGCUCCAGCGUUCUGGGUGGAGAUUCCUCCGAGGAGCUCCAAGGCUACCUACCAUCGCAAUUUCAAAGCCUUUUUGGCGUCGCAGCAGCACAAUGCGAAUGAUGUGGUCGAUAUCACGCGAAGCACAGGGGUGCAGGAUGCUGUGAUAGAGGCGCGAACGCCUGGCGACGCCUUCGCCUCUGCCAGAGAUUCAUCGCCAACAAAUUCGGAGAUGAUUGUGUCGGAUGAGUUGGCUGCGCUGGGGCCACGGCUCGUGGCACCUGCGAACGGCAGCAGCACCAGCCUUGCGACAUGCACUUCUUCCGGGCCGGCGCCGCCGCUGCCAGACGAGAGAAAUGGCGGCUCGUCGUCGCUGUCAUCGAAGCGGGCUGCUAUUCGCCUGUCUCCCGACGAGGACAUGCUGCCGGCAGUGGAAGCCUCUUCUUCGUGGCGUAGACUAGAUGAUCGCUCGCGAACAACCCUGUUCUUGGGCGAGUCUCAAAACGAUGACGAUGCCUCCAUCGUGUCGACAUUUCGACCCCGCCAUCUCGUCUCACCCGCGAAAUCAAAUGAUACGAGUCGAAGUGACUCCCUGCUGCGCAUCAGCGCGCCUAAGACGAAUGCGCCGAGCCUCUCGAUCAACGGAGGCGCGGUGCCCAGCGCCACGACUGCUCAGACGAUCAUCGUAGCAGAUACUGACGAUGAUUCUGACGAGGGACCCGCACCUCGCAAGGCAGGGCGACGCCUUGUGCAGGAGCCAUUGCCAAAGCCGCAGAAACCUCUCAAAUCUUCAACCCGGGCGUCAGCUAGCGCAACGUCAGGCAAGCGGAAGCGAAAGGACUCCUCCACGUCGUCGAGCUCCUCUAGCUCCUCGGAUUCGUCCGACACAUCGGACUCGUCAGACUCAACCACUUCAGAUACUUCUGAUGAGGAUCUGGAGCAAGACCUCAAUGUCGACGCCUUCGUCCGCUCGACCGGAGUACGUGCAGAGCAGGAGCAAAAGGCGAAGAGGCUCGCUUCUCUCAAACGGCGGAGGGACCGCAAACAGCAAGGAUUGUCCACUGAGGAGGAUUCUGACUCGGAUCAGGGCUCUUCUUCGGGAGAUGAAGAUGAUGAUACGCCACCUUCACGCCGUCCGAACCCCUACCUUGGUGCUGAGAACAAGCGGAGCUCCUCAAAAUCGGAGUCCAAACGAUCUCAAAAGGACAAUAGCAGAAAAAAGAAGAAGAAGGACAGGAAGCGGAAGAAGAAAAAGAAGAAAGAAGCGGAAAGAAAUGAGAAAGUCCGCUCAGAGUCUAAGAAGCGUGGCAAGACAAAGAAGAGCGCAGAGUUGAAUCUACCGCCAGAUCGUCACGUCGAUCUACAGCAGCUUGGCUUUCUUAGGGCUUCAACAAAGGAUUAUGCCGACCAGUAUGUCCGCUGGCUUAGCUUUCGCCUUCUUGGGAUGGAAAUUCCUGAAAGCAACCAACGACUUUGGGACCAAGCUCGUCGUCAUUUGCAACAGGAGGUCAAGGCGAUAGAGAGCGGUGUGAUGACGCAAGCCAUGCGUCGCUCGUUCUACUGGCAUCUUCGGCACUAUCAGAAGUUUUUGAGAAAGCACGCUGGCGACCGGAGCCUUCACGGUUGCGCGGCAUGCGGCAAUAGGAUGCACCCCUCGGACUCCUACUUCACCUUCCACGGACCUUUUUAUCACAAGAAGGAUCUUACCGCGUACACGAAGGUGGACUAUGCCAAUACGUCCAGCGACGAGGAGUCCGCCCAAGAUGAUAUAUGGACUCCAAAACGCGAAGGAGGCAACGACCCCAAGACGCGCAAACGGUCUUUCUAUGUCGGAGCGUCGUGCGCAUCGCGAGCUCGGCUUUUGCACUCGCUUGCGCAUUGGGAGAUCAGCUUCGCCCGACAUUUGAAAAAGUCCGCGUCUUUUAAAAGGGUGGAGCAGGAGCUGGACGAGCAGGACCGUCCUGCGGGAGAUGACGAUUUGGACGCCAUUGCCGACGAGAACGUCAAGGCGCUGAUGAAUCGCUUGCAGAGGUGGCAGAGGAAAUCGCAGGAAAUUGCGGUGGGAAAGGAUAAAGCUGCCACGCAUGUGGACCGCUUCCCUUGGAAAGAGGAAUAGCGCGUCAAAGAACGACACAGCCCCGAAAGAACGACACAGCACCGGUCAAGAUCGAGCAGCUUCGAUCCGCACCUCCAUUCGACGAUCAGAGCAGGAUGAGAGGCAGUCCGUUGUACUAUACAAAGUCCCGGCGAGUUCCGGCGACUUUGAUGUCAUCCAUCAUUUCCGUGCGAUCUUCGGCCUUCUACUCUGGCAUGGACAUAGCCCUAGCCCUCGCUGCAUGACGAUCUCGUGGCUUGUCGCUUGUUUUUAGUUGUAUUAAUCAUCAAUCAACGACUUGCACGAAAACGCACAUAGCGCUCUAAUUUCGCACUGCCACAAAAGAAGUUGCAAUUGAAAACCUGUUGGAAAAGGCAAAGG